AUGAAUCUACCGCAGGAUACUGUCAAGGAGUAUCUACUGAGCGCCUUAAAUAUCCUUCAGUUUCUCGGUAUUAGGGUCGAGAAUUCUCGAGUCCGCAUAGAUGAGGCUUCGAGGCCAAUAUUCAAAAAUACGCUCCUCCAAUUCAGCUCUUGUGGCCGUUCUCCUGUUCUAAUAAUCACGGCCUGUAUUCGUCGAUUUCGCUUGCGUGAAACGGGUUUGGCGUCAGUGAUGCUUGGCAGCGUUGCCCCGAGAAACCACCACAUCCAGGGAUUUGCAAACAACUUCUGGGGCAAAGAUGACGCUGGCGUGGCCCCAAUGCUAGAACGAGUUCACAAUGCCAAAACCACGUGCGACGAACUGAAAGCCUUCUAUAGCACCCGCGCUGCCAUAGAGGAUGAAUACGCAAGAAAGCUCCUAAUACUAUGCCGGAAAGCCCUUGGUUCUAGUGAAUCCGGGACGUUGCGCACAUCUCUCGAUACUGUUCGCGGAGAGACAGAAACGAUUGGGAAGACGCACGCAGCUAUUGCUUCUCAGAUGAAAAGCGAGUUAGAAGAACCGCUAGCUGCUUUUGCUGGCGGUAUGAAAGAACGCCGUAAGAUUGUACAGAAUGGUAUUGAAAAGCUUCUUAAAAUCAAAAUGCAACAAAUGCAAGCUGUCAACAAGUCGCGAGAUCGCUAUGAACAAGACUGCCUCCGAAUCAAAGGCUAUUUGGCCCAAGGACAUAUGGUCAUGGGACAAGAGGAACGCAAAAAUAAGGCAAAAUUGGAAAAAACACAGAUACAACUAGCGUCUAACAGCAGCGAAUACGAAGCAGCCAUAAAAGUUCUCGAAGAAACAACUGGCCGCUGGAAUAAAGAAUGGAAGGUUGCUUGCGAUUCCUGUGAACGAAUCCGGGUAUCGCUUGAGAGUUGUGAGGUGGAAAAGGAUAUCAGCACGUUUAUAAUGGAGAGAGGGACGGGACAGGAGAUUCCUGAUCCACCCAAAUAUAUUAAUUUUUGCCGCGGUGACCUUAACGAUACCGCGUCAGAGACGUCAGAGGAAGAGAGCUAUUCAGUUGCGCAAUUUCAGAGGACUAUUAAUCCAGCAUACCGAAGCUCUUCGCCGGCACCUUCUACUUACGAAUCCCAUCACGACCCCCAGGCAAAUCUCAUGACGACGCCAAUAACGCAUACUGAUCCUUCCGCAUCAGCAAGCCGAGAAACUACUGUGACCCCACAGCGAUCGCAUCAACCACAGCAGCAGUCGCAACAGCAGAAACAGCCGCCGCAACAAUUACAGGAGCAGCAACCCCCUCCGCUUGACCUCCGACGUGGAGGGCACGUUCCGCCUAAUUAUCAGCCAACCCAACAUGGAGAUAUCCCAAAUGUACCUCACAACGAGUAUCCCACGGACGGCAUGACAAUGUUCUGCAGAACUGGACCGCCCUCGGAAAGAAGCAGUGGAACCACUGCCAAUCGGCCAUCUAGUAGGGACUCCCAUAGUGACAUCUCCAAUCCAACUUCGUUCUCCAGUGUGGAGCCACCAGGUGCGAAACAAUCUCCGAAGAAAGUGGUUAACGGCACUGCUCUCCCCGGGAUGAUUGGCGGUAAACAAGUCCAGAAGAAAAGAAGUGGUUUUUUUAGCAAUAGCCCCUUCCGGAGAAAAAGUAAGCACGAUAAGGAGCGUCAAACAGCACCAUCGAUCACUGCCCCUGUGAACCGCAACACUUGGUCUGCCCCGCCGCAAAAACAAAUAAGUCCAGUUAAGCCUGCAUAUCAAAAGCCAGUAUAUAGCGUCAGUCGCCAUUCGGGAACGCCUGAACCCGUUGACCCACGCGCUAACUUCCAGCUAAACGUUGGCAACAAUGUUUUCGAUGUUGCUUCUCCUGAUGGUGUCCCUUCGGGGGCUACAAGUACGAAGAAAGAAGACGACCUCGACCCCAUAGCCCAAGCCCUCGCGGAUCUUAAAGGUGUGGGGAAACAAUCAUCGGUCCGUGUCUCGGCCGAUCGAUAUCACGGAAUUAGUACCCCGGUUCCCCCAAGUGCUACUUCUAGCCACAUAACGGAUGUGAACAUUUCUGCUGCUCAGAGUGGCACUCCGCCUCCGGCAUACAAUGAUUCGUCAGUGAAAAGACUUGGUGCUCCCCAACCAGCAUUUACAUCAGCACAGAUGCAGAAAACAACUCGUAAAUAUGUCGGGCAGACCCAGGAGAUGUUUAACAGCCACUCUUCUCGUACGAGCCAGGCAGAAAACGCAGUCAAUCAGGCAAUUCCCCGGGCUGUGUCCCCUGCACCACAAAGGAGCUUGAGCCCCCAGCCGCCCCCGUCUCGUGGAGGGGAGCAGCGCCAGCAAUACGAAGGCCAAAAAAAUCCAAGCCCUGCUUCUUACCACUCCCACUCAGGCAGUAUGAACAGUAGAUAUCGCCAAUCUCCAACUGUUACCCCGACAAAGGUAAUUGCUAGUCAUCCAUAUUCGCCACGGCAGUACUCGUCUCACGGGUCUCCCAACGACAUCCAUUCGCAACGGUCAGUUUCGCCUCAACCCCAAUUCAGACGGCAGGAAAGGCCAUCUAGUGCGAGUGGAAUGGAGCUUCAGUUGUCACAUAGCCACAUCGAUCCAUAUGGCGGGGGCCAUACUCCUGAUUAUAGAAAUCACGGUAGCCGGGGAGGCAACCCACGGCCGAUGUCAAUGUACUAUGGCUCAGCACCGGACGUUACCCAAGGCAGCCGUGCAAGAAGCAGGAGUGUCGCAACUGCAGAUGGUAAUCGGCAGCUUAGCGUGGAUGUGCGCCCUGUCUUACAUUACGCGCGUGCAAUGUACAGCUAUACUGCUGCUAUUCCUGAAGAGCUCGGUUUCUCGAAAGGAGAUAUCCUUGCAGUCCUCAGACAUCAAGACGAUGGAUGGUGGGAAGCAGAAAUAACCGGGCCUCAGCGGACCCGUCCUGGUCUGGUCCCGAGCAACUAUCUACAACACUGCUGA